AUGAAGAGGCGAGGAGCGACCCGCCACGCCGGGAUAACAGUCUUGGCUCUCCUCCUGUUAGGGCUCGCCACGUGUCGUUCACAGCCGGAGGACGACGAAGCACUGACAGGUCAGCCUGCGGCUCUUCCCGAUGACAUAGAAGUUGCAGACGCUUCCAGCGGCGCAGUCGGCGGCGGAAGCGGCGGAGGCGGCGGGAUAGGCGGAGACGGCGCAGACACGUAUUCGGACGAUUGGGAGGAUCCGCUUCCCGGCGACCACCCUAACGGGGAUGACACGAUAGUAGACACGUCAGAUGACGUCGAAGCGGACGUUCCGCCGGGAAAUGCGGCGAGCCGUGGCGUUAUUCCGGGUAACCGCAAACCAGGCGAUUUGGUGCCGGGGGAAGAGGAAGGGGAGGCGGAGGGGGGAGCGGGGAGGGGAGUGAAGGGGGGAGCGGAGAUGGGAGUGAGGGCGCAAGCGGAGGGGGAAGCGGAAGGGGGGGGAGCGGAGGAGUGGGAGGUGCAAGAAGAAGCGGCGGAGGAGGAGCCGGAAAACCCGUGGAUUGAAAACGGGAGGGGGGAAGGCUCUUCCGCCGUUGUGGCGCAAGCGCAGGACUACCAGCCGGGCGGGGAGGAUGGAUUUGCGAAAGGGCUGAGCGGAAAGGCGGAGGCGCAAGCGCAGGACGAUCAGACGGGCGGGGGAAAUGGUUUUGCGGAAGGGCAGAACGGAAAGGAGGAGGCGAAAGAGGAGCCGAGCAGCGAUUGGCCGGCGGGGGAAGCGGGGGAAAGCGCGGAACAGGAGGUCGGGGACGAGAGUGAGAGUGGCACUGCGACUAUCCAGGAAGCUGAUAACGGGUAUGGCGACACGGGCGGGACGUAUGAGCGGAAUGUGCCGGCGCAGGGGGGUGGGGGCGCGGAACAGCCCGCGCAAGGGGAGGCCUGGACCUUCGAGGAGGAUCAACCAGGGCAAGGCGGGCGGGAGCAAGGGGGGGCGAUGGGGGGACAGGUGGGGGGGGGAGAGCCCGGGGAAGGGGAAGGGGAAGGAGGAGCGGGAGAUGAGAGGGGGGACAAUAGCGAUUACUUUUUUCACGGGCAGGACCCAGAUGAGGAGGAAUGGCAGAAGCGGAAGCACAACUGGCAAAAUGCGGGUCCAAAUAGUGACUCUAACGACCCUAACGCUGCUGAUGACGCUAACGGGCCUAGUGACUAUAACGAAGCAGAGCAGACACAAACUUCUGGGAACCCCGCGGAUGCUAACCCUAAUGAUGGGAAUCCCGAUGACGAGCUGUUUUCUGACAACAAUCCGUCUAGUUCUGACGAAGCAUUUCCUGACAGCAGCAAUCCCGCCGCUCAGGACGCUGCUGCAGUUAAGACGGCAGACUCAGCUACCACUGGAUCAGGCUCGGAAGGAUCCGAACCUGCAGCUCUGGCGAGUAACAGUUACUCUGAAGGUUACCAGAAGAUGGCUGGCGGGCAGAUCAGCGCGGAGGGCAUCUUAGGGAUCGUGCUGGGAGUGACUCUGGGUGCUGGCCUAUGUCUUCUGGUAGUCUGUGUGUGCUGGGUGCGGCAACGGAACAUCAACCGGGCCAAAGAGUCUGAAGCCAUGACAGAAUACGUUGAUGACAGCAGCGAGGAAGAGGAUGAGGAGGGGUUGGAGGAAGCAGCAGACACAGCGCUCAUGGGAGGGAUAGUGGGAGCACACAGAGCCCUGGAUAUUGAGGCACAACAGGCAUUGAAGUCCUCCAAGCAUUGA